AGCAGAGUAGAAGACCAAACAAGACAGUGCUAAACGUUUGUCAUUAAGCCGGGGCAUUACGCUUCAGUGGUUUCUACCUUCGUUUAUUGUGGAUAAAAAUAUAAUCAGAGAUAAGUUUGAAAAUGGCUUGCAAUAAUCUAGAAACGCAGGUCACGUCCAUGCUUGACUCUGUCAACGACGUGGAAGACUUGAAAUCAUUGACAGAUGAGCUUGAAGAGAACUUUUCUUUCUUGCUUCAACAUGAGGCGUGCUCGGUGUGUUCCGGAUAUUACGGACCUUGUUUUGGAGAGCCUAUCUGCGCCACUUGCCAUGUAUUUCUUUACCCCGAUGACCUUGACAAACCGCAGUCCAUGGCCAUGUGGGACAGUAAUGUUAAAGAUGACGGUGAUUCAGGAAACGACGAGCCAAAUGAUCCGACUUGUUUCUACAGCAACUUGGACAAACGACGAGUCAGCUUCAAAGCUUACUUGGAUUCUACGCGCAGAGAGGAGGAGGAAGAGGAGGGUGAAGCUCCUCCACCACCACCACCACCACCACCUGCUGAUAGACUGGCCGAAAGACUUGAAUUGUUAUCUGCCCCAAGGUUCCCAGAGUAUCUUAAAAUGAGCGCAAAUGGUCUCAUUGACAAGCUGCCUACUGAAGUUCUGAUGGUCGUGUUCAACUACCUGGACGACUUGUCCCUGUGUGCCGCGAGUGACGUGUGUCUCAGGUGGAGGAGACUUCUAGAGGCCAGUGCCAACAACAAACAGUGGAAAAUUUACACUGAGAAUCGCUGGCCUCUGUUCACGCCCCUUUUUGAGGUCAACAACUGGCCAGCCACGUUCAAGAAACUGGUUAUCAGUGCCCCGUGCCAGCUGUGCCUGCAGCAGAUGUCUGCGCAGUGUCAACCCAGUGGAAAUGAAAACACGUGGCGGAUCAAACGAAUAAGAUCUGAAAUAAAAGCAAUGCGUCAAGAUCCUCAAGAAGGAAUUCAGGCUAUUCCGCUGGACAGCGGCUGUUUCCACUGGAUCGCUUCCAUUCUCGGCCCGCAGGGCUCCCCUUAUUCUGGAGGCAUAUUUUAUUUGUAUCUGCAGGUGCACAACAGCUAUCCAAUGCACCCUCCUUUGGUGCGAUUCAUCACCAAGAUUUUCCACCCAAACGUGUCUCGGCAUGGUGACGUUGGCAUCGACCUUAUACAUCACAACUGGUCCUUGGCCAUGACUGUCGUUAAAGUUCUCAUAUCCGUGCAGAGCCUUUUGACUGAUCCUUUCUGCCAGGUGUGCAUGGAGCCUAAAAUUGGUGAGCUCUAUCUGCACGACAAAAAGGCGUUUGAGCUGAUGGCCCGCAACUGGACCUGGAAGUACGCCAUGCACGAUGCUCUCAUGCCAAAUGGAAUUUAAGCAGCAGGUCAGAGAUAUUUUCAAUUGCAUAGGAAUUAUAUUAAGUUGCUCUUUGUAUUUUAUAUAACCACUCAGCUUCCAGAAUAAGUUUAGAUUUUUGCUAUACGGCUAUUUAUUUUUAAAACUUGCUAAAACUAACCCAUUUGGGAAAUUUUUAAUGUUUUUUCGGAACUUCAAUUGAGUUGUCUCAUUGAACAGUGCCCACAAACGAAAGCCCAGCAAAAUUGCACAAAAACUGUAUUUUAAAAUAAAUUUUGAUAUUUUGGGCCAUUUUUUUAAAAUCUGCGAAAGUGGUUUGUGAGAUGGACGACCUGAUAGCAAGCAACUUGCGUCAUAAACGAGUCUCAGCAGGUGAUGCUAAGUUCAGAAAAAGUGCCGCGAUGUUAUUGCUCCACUUGUGUCUUUUAAUUGAAACACUAGACGUUUGUCAAAUGAAAUUUACGUACGGAGGCUAGAAACGUGGAAGUUGGAAAGCUUUCGCAAUCCUCUCUAAUCCCAAUAGACUUGUCAUGCCUAUGCAAGCUAGUCAAACCUACUCAACCCCUAAACAUCGCUCAGAUUAUCAUGAAAUCCAUUUGGUCUUGUUAAUCCUAACCUAUUUUAAAUUGUAAUCUUGAUAGCGUUGUUUAAUAUAUUAUUAUAAAUUGACUUCCUAAUCUUGGGAUUUUUAAUUAUAUGAACAAACUCAAUCAUUUCGUAUUUUGUAGAAAAGUCUUUUAAUCACAAUCAGUACUGUCUGAUGUAAUAGUAGUAAUCCUGAUCAUCCGAACGCUGCUCUGCCUUCCUCUCAGCUCCCUUUUUGAAGAAGCGGUUAUGCUCGAUGGUCGAGUAAGCGUAACUGAUGGCUUGCUUUGGCUCCUCUUUCUUCUUCUCAUUCUCUUGUUGUUCCUUUUUCGGUUUGGCAGACUCCAGCUUUACGUUUUGCUCCUCGUCCUGCUUCUUGGCCUUGUAGUAGAAAUCCCUGAAAGCCUCAAACAGCUUCUUUUGCUGCUCUUCGUCGCCUUUGUCCGCCUCCUCCCUGGUGUUGUCCCUUUCCUGUUUCUCAGCUGGCUUUUUGUCCACAGGAAAGCUGACCUGCUUUUCUUCUUGCCUCGCCCCCUCGUCGUGGUCUUUGAAGCCAAACUCUCCGAACCCAUAGCCCUUGAAGUAGCCGUGUGCGCGAGUCUCGGCCAGGGCCAAGUCGUCCUGCACCUGCCCGCUGCCAACGUGCAACGUAGCCUGCAAAAUAAUUAUCACGGAAAUUAUCUUUGCUUCAACUGCUAUGGAAAGCGAUAAGGAAAUGGGUCAUAAGCAAACUGCUGAGUCAGCGUUUUCAAUGGAAAAAAGAACAUUACUUUACACUUUUAUAUUUUAUUAUUAUUUAUUUAUUAGAAAGCCUUAAAUGUGAUGGGGAGCUGAUUACUUUCUGCUGCAGGGGUUGAGUGAAACAUUGUUACUGGUAUUUGUGGACUCGCAAUUAGAUAUUGAUUUAAAUUUGUAAGUUCUGCGUUAUGGAAAAUAUUUAUUUCCUCGAUUUUGGCUAUCUCGCGUUGGUUAGUAAGUGAACAAUUAUGGAAUAUCGUUUGAGGUCAAAAAAAUAUUCUAUAAGACUUUGACACUAGACUCUUACUGAAAACUUAAGUUAAUGUGGUCAUUUAAAUUUUAGUUUUAUAUUCAUUCUAACAGAAACAAAUUUAAUGUUCAUAUCACGUUAUUUUCAACAAUAUUAAUUAAUUUUAUGUCCUUUUUAUGCACUUCGGCCUGUGGCGUGAGGGGAUUGUCAAAUAAUAAUGACCAAUGACUUCAGUUAUGUCUAUGUUGACAUUUUUUCUUGAAAUCAAAAUUAAAUCAAGUAAGAGUGAUCCUCGGUUAGGAUUACUCAAAAUGUGACAGCAAUCCUAAACGCUGCCCCAUGAAUUAAAAAGGGGCAACGUGUAUAUGAAGGGAAUUUGUGCUUCGUCUAGAUUCAACAGAAACUAAUAACAGUUGUUUUCUUUCUCUCUAUUAAUGAUGAAAUUUGAGCGAACUGAAAUUUAUGUGAUAGGUGGAUUUAAUUAUGAUAAUAGGGGAUUGAAUUUUGGGGUCGUGCUAACAAUUUAAUUCUAUCAAACCUAUGUAAUUCAAAUGUUUAAAUUCACUAUAAAAUCUGACAAGAUAAAUAAAUUCUAAUUAAUUGAGCAAA